AUGUCAUCAGUGAUUUCUUCGUCAUGGUCAAUGUGGUCGCCAUGGAGCUUUUGCUCAAACAAUGUAAUGGUCAGAGUUCGAGCAUGUUCAACGGUCCGCGGAUACAAAUGUGCUGGUCACAAUAAGGAAUUUCAAUCAUGUGACUCAUCUCUACUACGUACUCCACAGAAGCCCGCUGGUUCGGAUGUUGAUGUCGUUGAUCCAUACAGCGAGGAUCGGCGUAUAGCCAUGAAACAAUUGUAUCAGGACUAUGAAGUGGAAGUGCCAGAUUCAGAAAAAGGCGAAAAAGCACCUCCGAGGGUCCGUCCAGCAUCUCCUGCCGAACCUCGGGAGCCGACCGUAAUAGCGCAGUAUGCAAGACGAUUUCCGCAGCCUCCAAGCAGUGAAGGCCUUCAAGUUGUCCCUCCUGGAGGUGGAAAAAGUGUCGAACUCUCCCACGAUACCAAUGAGCAAGUUCCUGCUGGCGAAUUUGCCAUUAACAUGAGCGAGCCUACUUUUUUAUCCACAACUUAUCCUACCACGACUUCUACUAGUGUAACUCAGACUACAACAGCGACGACGACAGAAAGAUCCACCACUACUGAGCCACUCAAACCGCUCACUGAGCCCGUUCUCUAUUAUGCAUCAACUGACGAACCUCCCAGCAGUGAUGAAGCUGCUGUACCAGAAAGAGUCGAGCCGCAGUUGCCGAACACUCGGGGCUCUGAGGUUUCGGUUUCGUUUGGUAGAGAACAGCUACCCCCUGAGACUUCGAUUUCAUUUGGUAAAGAGCAGCUACCUAUUGGAGGGAUGGAUGAACAAUUUCAAGAGGACGAAGAAGCGGAGACAGACAUGAGCGAGGACGAGUUCUUGGGCCCAUUUACCGCUACUGCGCCAUCGACGUUCAGCCCAUUCUCAACGACGGAACCUCAGACUACGACAACUACUACAGUGACAGCCACAGUUGCUCCUCCAGUUCCUCUUCAGCACGUCCUGGGUGUGAGCAGACAGAAGCCACAGAUGGCCGCAAAUAUAAAACCAACUAGUUUUGUCGUUAGUGCUGUUCAAGUCCCUGUGAAAAAUGUCGUCGCAGCUCCAGAACCGAUAAAUGCUCCACUAAGAGCACAAUCCUCCGAAUAUGAGAAAGAAAAUCUUAGAGGAAAACAGAGUCGCCGCCAACGGUUGAAGAAGCUAAACAGGAGAGCAAAGCUGAGGUCUCUGGUGGUUUCACACCCAGGAAGCCACUUGAAAAUGAAAUCAGACCGAAGAAAAAUCCACGAUGUAGAAAACGAGAUUGAAGAAUUGCGCAAACGAAUACGCAAAACAAAGAGGAAACUUGCGGCUGCUCAAACGACAACGACACCAGCAGCUGAAGAACCUGCAGAUAUUGGUGUUGACGGCGAUACCGCACGUGCUCUGGAAUGGAUGAUCGCUAAUGCGGCUAAAAUGGUGAACGAGAGAUCGAAUGGUCCCUUGGUGGAUAAUUUACCGGUGGAACGAGUAGACGCCGAUAGUGAUACGGAAAUCACGCAUCUUCCAUCAGGAGUGCAAGUCAUCUCUGAACAGAAUCAGUUUGUGCUGAAGGAGGAUGCUUCCAAUGAUCCAGUGGUCAAAGUGGACAGAAGAGUGAACUCUGGAGAGAGAAGAGUGGUGGAUUCCGGUGAGAGAGACACUGGUGCUGAAUGGUCAGAAUGGUCAAAAUGCAACUGUGGAACACAAACUAGAAAGUCAACAUGCCCAGCUACCCAGUCUCAGGUUUUAGGUGCUGAUUAUCGACAUCGAAGGCGGCAAAGAAGAUCAGUUGCGUGUAUACCUGAAUUCGAAACAAGGCCUUGUCGAUCUACCAUAUGUCAGCAAUAGUCGACACAAACUUUUUUCUGAAUUGGGUAAUUGUUACCACUUCAUCAGUUAUCUGUAUUUUCAAGGUUUUCUGCUGUGACCGUAUGUUUCGAUUGAUUUUGUGUAUUAUGUCAUGUCUCAUCAUUCGUAAGUUUUGAGUAUUCUGGAAAUUUAUUUACUUUCACAUUAGCAGUUUGAGCUCGGCUUAAGUUAUGCUCUAACAUAUCCUAUUCAUAAGCAAAUAACUUUGCCAAUUCUCUCAGUUUGAUGCUUUGUCUGGUCAGAAUUCAAUUAGUUGUGCAAUCAAACAUAUCAGGACAUCGUUAUCUCCUGGAUUUAACAUAGGCGGAGACGUGACGGUUCAUCCUACCCAAAGUGUUCGCACGGCUCCGCCCCAACCUAAUCUGGAGCAAGAUUACUUCUUCCUCGAAUUUACGCACUUCU